AUGGUGAGUGUUACAUUUAAGAAUUUCAAAAAGGAGAAGUACCCACUUGAUUUAGAAAGCUCUCAAUCUAUAGUAGCAGUUAAAGAAGCUUUAAGUGAAAAACUAAGCUGUGAUCCAAGCCAAAUAAAACUAAUAUUCUCAGGUAAGGUAUUAAAGGAUGGAGAUUCCGUUGAAAGUUGUAACUUCAAGGAUGGUAACGAGGUGAUAUUUAUGGUUUCAGCCAAAAAGGCAACCGCUACUAAGGUCACAGAAUCUUCUGCACCAAAAGCACAAUCUGAAGAAACCCCCUCUGAAUCGACCCCAGCAACUUCUACCCAGCCAGAAACUAACCAAAAUGAGACUACAGAACCUGCCACUAAUUCAAGUUCUGAGAACACAGAAGCUCCUAAUGCUGGUACCGACGAUGGCUUUGUCGUGGGUUCAGAACGUAACGCUACAAUCGAAAGAAUAAUGGAAAUGGGAUAUGAAAGGGCCGAAGUUGAGCGUGCUCUUCGCGCGGCAUUCAACAAUCCCGACAGAGCUGUUGAAUAUCUGCUGAUGGGAAUUCCAGAAACCUUGAGACCACAAGAAGGCCAAACCUCUCAAGAGCACGAGGCCGAUGUUGAUAUGAAUGAGGAGGAAAGUACUGAAGGUAAUGCCGAACCACCAGCAGAAGACGACCUUUUUGCACAAGCAGCACGUGACUCUGCUACUCCAAGUGCGGCACAGACUGCUGGAGGUACUACCUCUGAGAGUGCUGGAUCUGCGACUGGAGGUCCUCCAGGUUCCAUUGGUUUGACUAUGGAGGAUUUAUUGGCUUUAAGACAAGUCGUAUCUGGUAACCCCGAAGCACUAGCUCCACUCCUGGAAAACUUAAGUAACAGAUAUCCACAACUUCGUGAGCAGAUUAUGGCCAAUCCAGAGGUAUUUGUAUCAAUGUUGCUUGAAGCAGUUGGUGACAAUUUACAAGGUGCUAUGGAUUUUGAGGCUAUUGCAGAAGGGGAAGGCGAUACUGUAGAGGGGGCUGACGGUUUUGCGGAAGAAAAUGCCCCAAUUACUCUUUCACCAGAGGACGAGCAGGCUAUUUCCAGACUUUGCGAACUUGGAUUUGAGCGUACAUUAGUUAUACAGGUAUAUUUUGCAUGUGACAAAAAUGAAGAGAUUGCUGCUAAUAUGCUCUUCAGUGACUACGCUGACUAA